AUGAACCUUCCAAGUGCCGUUUCCGUCUCGAUAACGACAGUUCCGACAUUUCCAUCCUCCCAGACGGCCGAAAACUCGGUUAUGCACAGCUCUCGCGUCGAGGCGGCUUGUUUUGAGGAGCUGGGGCUGAAAUUAGGCGCCCGUAUUAUUGCCGCAGACAGGCCUGGUUUUGGCUGGAGCUCACCACACCCCAGUCACACACUCCUUGAUCAUCCAAGGGACUUGGAACGCCUUGCAGAGCAUCUUGGGUUGGAUGAAUAUGGUGUCUUGGGAAUAUCAGGAGGCGGACCAUAUGCACUUGCUUGUGCGUUCUCAUUACCCCAUGAAAAGCUGAAGUGUGUUUCGAUCGUCUGCGGCCUAGGGGGCCGUGACAUCGGUAUGCGCGGUGCGGGUUGGCCAACCUUGUUGGGAUUUACAUGGCGAUAUCGCUUGGUUCCCACGCCCACUCGGUGGUGGUUUCAACGCCAGUUGGCAGCACGCUUGGACCUGAGCGAUGAAAAGCAUCUUGAGCUUCUGCAGCAGGAUGUGUCGUCAAGGUCCGGGUCCAAAGCAACUCUGUCUCGCGAGGUGGAGAAGGAGCUGGAGGUUAUGAGGGAUGAACAUGUUCUCCGAUUGUUUUUGCGAACUAGUCGGGAAAGCUUCGCGCACGGGUGUGAUCCGACCGUGCAGGAUGGCAGGUUGAUCAGCACUGACUUUGGUUUUCAAGUGGAGGAUAUUCGCUCCGACCUACCUGUGCAGCUGUGGUAUGGGAAGCAUGAUAGUUGUGUGCCACUCAAUCACGGUGUGCAAAUAGCGGCACGCUUGGGUGGUAGAGCGCAUCUUAGAGUGGAGGAUGAGUCACACUGGAGCAUUUCAAAUAACCGGAGGGAAGAGUACUUGGAGGCUCUGUUAAGCUGUAUGUGA